AUGUCUGCUGCUGCUGCUGCUGCUGCUGCUGUUACUACAACUGAACCAGUAAUGAAGACAUAUUGUUCUGGUUUACAAUGUGGUAAAGAAACUCAAUCCGAAUUAAAGUGUCCUAUAUGUUUGAAAGCUGACAUCAUUUCUGUUUUCUGUAAUGAAACUUGUUAUAAGAAUAAUUAUAAGGCUCAUAAAAGUUUACAUUUCAAAGAAAAUGAAGAUGGUACUCUAAACAAAGAUGUUUCAUAUGAUCCAUACACUAAGUUUAAAUAUACUGGUGACGUCAGAGCCCAGUAUCCAUUGACUCCUAAGAGAAUUGUUCCAGAACAUAUUAAGAAACCAGAUUGGGCCGCCAAUGGUUUACCCAUCGGAGAACAAAAAAAUGAUAGAUUGAACAAGAUUCCAGUUUAUUCGAAGGAUCAAAUUAAAAAAAUAAGAAAAGCUGCUAUUCUUGGUAGAGAAAUUCUAGAUAUUGCAGGUGCAGCAGUGAAACCAGGUGUAACUACUGAUGAAAUCGAUGAAAUCGUUCAUAAUGAAACCAUUAAACGUAAUGCUUAUCCUUCCCCAUUAAAUUACUACAAUUUCCCAAAAUCUGUAUGUACAUGUGUGAAUGAAGUUAUCUGUCAUGGUAUUCCUGACAGGACCGUACUGAAAGAAGGUGACAUUGUUAAUAUUGAUGUUUCAUUAUAUCAUAAUGGUUUCCAUGCCGAUUUAAACGAAACUUAUUAUGUUGGUGAAAAAAUUUCAAAAGAAGCUAUUAACACUGUUGAAACUUCUAGAGAAUGUUUGAAAAAUGCCAUCAAACUGUGUAAACCAGGUGUAACUUUCCAAGAAUUAGGUGAUCAUAUUGAAAAACAUGCGACUUUAAACAAAUGUUCUGUUGUGAGAACUUAUUGUGGCCACGGUGUUGGUGAGUAUUUCCAUUCAUUGCCAAACAUCCCUCAUUACGCAAGAAACAGAACUGCAGGUGUCAUGAAACCAGGUAUGGUAUUCACUAUCGAACCAAUGAUCAAUGAAGGUACAUGGAGAGAUGUGACCUGGCCUGAUGACUGGACGUCUGCUACUCAAGAUGGUAAACUCAGUGCUCAAUUUGAACAUAUGCUCUUAAUCACAGAAAAUGGUGUUGAAAUAUUAAGUGCUAGAAACAAGAAGUCUCCAGGUGGCCCAAGAGAAAGAACAAAAUAG